AUGGAGCCGGCAGACACGGAGAGCAAAGAGGAGCAAGCGCCCCAGAGGCUCACGGAGGACGCGAGGAGCCCUUGCGGCUCCCAGGUUCCCCAGGCCUCGGGCGACUCCUCGCAAGCGGCCACGUGCUCCCGCGAGCCCCCUGGGCAGCCCCUGCAGCUGCGGCCCCUGCGUGGCAGAACCUCAGGCUGUCAGAGCCCCUGCAUCCUGCCAGGAGCCUCUGCAAUCUCUGACAGCCUCCACCCCUCGCAGAGGCUCAGUGAGACCUGUCAGCCUGCAGAAGGUGCAGAGCCCGUGGACAGGUCUCCCAGCUCCCUUGGACUCGCGGACUUCAACAACACGGGCCCAAUCCUGACCAUUGACGUGGCAGGGGAAAGCCCAGAAGUCCAAAUGGGAGCCCAGCCCGAUGCAGGGGAGCCGUCUCAGGAGAAGCUGGCGGAGCAGCAAGCGUCCUGGAGCCGGCAGUGGUCAUCCCACAGCGGCCAGGACGCUGUGCCGGUUGUGCCAGCUGGCGACAGCUCGAGCCUGGUGGUGGAGACCAGCCUCCAGACACCAAGGAGGUUCCUCCAUCUCCAGGAAGCUGCCCCAAGAGAGCCCUCGACUGCCAGGAAGGGCUUUCUAAUAGCAGCUGCUCCUGGGACGCCCCUGUGUGAAGCCUCGGGCUGUAGCCCCGGCCCUCGUCAAGAGGAGAGUCCAGCCCACGACGCCGGGGACGACGACGGUGCCGCCCUGCCCCGCUGCACUGGAGCUCCUGCAGCCGCCUGUGCGCGCGGCCCUGGCCCAGCUCUGCCGCUCGCCAGCCCGUCGGCCGCCGGGCGGCAGCCACUGCCCGGCGCGCAGCAGGAAGCAGGGCAAAAGAAGCAGCUGCAGGAGCUGUACCAGCUGGGCCCGCAGCUGGGCAGCGGUGGCUUCGGCACCGUUUUCUCGGGCAUCCGCCUCUCCGAUGGGAGCCCGCCCGACGGCACCCGCGUGCCCAUGGAGAUCGUGCUUAUGGAGAAGGUGGGCUCUGACUGCCACAACAUCAUCCAGCUCCUCGACUGGUUUGAGCUGCCUGACAGCUUUGUGCUGGUGAUGGAGCGUCCGGAGGCAUCGCAGGAUCUCCUGCAGUUCCUGCAGGAGCACGAGUUCCUGUGCGAGGAGAUGGCGCGCUGGCUUUUCUACCAGGUGCUGGAGGCCGUGCGGCACUGCACCGCCUGCGGCGUCCUGCACCGGGACAUCAAGCCAGAGAACCUCCUCGUGGUCCCGGAGAGUGGCGACCUGAAGCUCAUCGACUUCGGUUGCGGCACCUUCCUCCAGGAGCAGGUCUUCACGCGGUUUGCCGGUGAGCCCAUGGCCUGGGCCCUGCUCUCGGUGCCAGGCACUGCACGGCCCCGUUCCCUCCUGGGACGGGGCAGAUGCCGUGCUCCAGGAGCCGGCUGCCGGCCCUGCCGACAGAGGGGGGCGGCAAAAGCCAGCUCCCGGCCCCUGGGCUCAGCAGGCCCACAAGGGCCUGGGCUGCUCCGCUGGCCUUCUUUGCCUUGCAGAAUGGUUUCUUGCCUUUGGCCAGCUGGCUGGGGGACGCGGGGUGGCCUUGGGGGGGAAGCUGUGGCCGCGGGUGCAGCCCCUGCCUCAGCCAGGAGGCUGGCGCCAGGCUCUGGAAGGCAGCAGCCUGCGCCUGGACAGCGCCGCCUGUCUCCCCUAGGAACGCACGCGUACAGCCCGCCCGAGUGGAUCUGCCUUGGCUGCUACCACGGCCAUGGGGCGACCGUCUGGUCCCUGGGCGUACUGCUGUACGUCAUGGUCUGCGGGAGCCUCCCCUUCAGGGACGACCAUGACAUCGUGCUGGGGCAGCUCUUCUUCUGGCAGCAGGUCUCUCCAGAGUGCCAACAUCUGAUCCAGUGGUGUUUGGCCAAGCACCCUGAGGACAGGCCAGAGCUGGAGGAGAUCUUGCGCCACCCUUGGGUGCAGGGCAGGCGUUUUUGAUGCCUUGCCGGAGCCUCUGCAGCACCCGCUUUCCGAGUCCCACGCAGGACUGAGGACCCCACAAAUAAAACAACAAAUCCAA